AUGGUAGAUCUUAUUGAAAGUAACUGGACUAAUCCAUUCAGCAGUUACCAGCCCCUCUUAAGUAUUUCCACUGGUGCCACUGCUUCUCCCGAAAUUGAACGUGACCUGAGCAGAGCGUACCUAGUAGGGGAGACCGCCUACCAACAAUUCAAAAAGGAACGCCUCGAGCCGGAGAAACUACCAGGGAAGUUCCAUCAUACACUGAAAAAGCAAAAGUUAAAGACCUUCAGUGAUCAUAAUAAAACCAAAAAGGUGAGGCAGAGCAAAGGCAACGAGACAGUACUCCGUGCUGAUCGUAAUUUGUUCGCACGAAUGAUAAUCAUCGCCGAAAGCCGACAGCUUCAGAUGCGGGAGGUUCUGUGCCAUCCUCUGGGACCCCUUCCUGCCUCUCUUGCAACAAGCAAUGGCUUGCCACGAAAGAAAAACAAAGCACUACUUGGAAGGGAGUUAGAGAAACUGGUUCAGCCAACAGUGGUUGUUCAAACCCCAUCGGCCUACCUGGUCGACGGUAUGUCAUUAAUUCAGAAACUGAAGGUAGACCAUCUUACAUUUGGUGAAAUUGCUGAAAUGGCAUUAUCAAGAGUCUUGAGAGAGGGCGAGGGUAGUAGCAGAAUAGACGUUGUGUUUGACGUGUAUAGGGACCUGUCAAUUAAAUCAGUGGAGAGAGAGUUGAGAAGUGACUGA